AUGUUCUCAGGAUUUGUUCUAGAUUAACGAAUGCAAACUUAAGCAGUUUGGGUAUAUUGCUCGAUUAUAUUAUUUACUCUUACCUUUAAUUAUGUGAUAUCCAUAAUCUUAGUGUUGAAAAACUAACUUGAGACUAAUACAGAAUUUUCAGUGAACAGAUUAGCAAAAGUACAACCUGAAAUUAAUGAGACCUGCAAUUAAAAUACUUCAGCUGUUUCUCAAAGAAAAAGAAGUUGUACUUUAUAAUAAGAAUCUUUUGUAGUGUCUGAUCAGAAUUUGACUAUUAUUUAAAAAGAAACCUAGCAUGCUUUUACUUUGCAAUAAAAUAACUUUUAAAUGGAUUUCAGAUAAUUUGUAAAUUCAAGAAUAAAAGGUUAAGCAUCACACUAAUCAAGUAAAGAGAAUUAAUGUGACACACAAUAACAAUUAAAAAAUGAAAGAGAUUACAGAUAAGAUGAGAUUGAUUAUACAGAUAUUAAUAAUAUCGAGGAAAUCAUCAUUAAUGAAAAAAGUAAUCCCAGAAAAAAAAUUCUUAAAAAGGUGGCAAAGCCUAUGAUAGCCUGA